CGGGGGAGCCGAGCCGAGCCGAGCCCCGCGCGGGCUCAGGCAGAGGCGCUAUGCCCCUUUCUCUCCCCACCCCCGGAGGCAGCAGGGCGCGCAGUUGCCGUGAAACUGAAAGCAGCGAGUAGCAGCCAGCGCUUCCCUUCGCCGCGCCCUGCGCCGCCUUCCCCCCGCCGACGGGGCCGGGCUGGGGCUGCGGAGCCACCGCGGCUGGCGGGAAAGUUGGCCGAGCCGGACCCGGCUGCUGCCGCCCGCAGCAAAGCGAGCCGCUGCCGAGGUGAUCUUUGCAAAGCUAGUCUUGGGGGAUUUCCACUGCCUUGCUGUUUAAAACCUAUCAUAGUGUUGUUUUAACCACAGACCAUCUCACUUUCUGUUCAGGAACAGCCACAGUUUUCAGUACAGCUUCCAUGGCCUCUGAAGAACUUACUGGUCUCUCAAACAGCUUCGCACGCCAGAAUUCCAGCAGCGGCAUUUCUCUAGACUUUGAACCUGACACUGACUACCACUUCAUUGAAACCUUAGAAGAACGGUACAAAUGUGCCUAUUGCCACUUAGUCCUUCACAAUCCUCACCAGACAGGAUGCGGUCACAGAUUUUGCCAGCAUUGUAUUAUUUCUCUGAGAGAAUUGAAUGCAGUACCCACCUGUCCUGUAGACAAAGAAACAAUAAAAGUGCAGGAGGUGUUCAAAGACAAUUGCUGUAAAAGAGAAGUUCUCAACUUGCAAGUAUUUUGCAAAAAUGCUCCUGAAUGCAAUUCAAAAAUAAUUCUGGGACGGUAUCAGGAUCACCUGCAGCAAUGCUUAUUUGAAAGUGUUCAGUGCACUAAUGAUGAAUGUCAUGAUCAAAUUCUUCGGAAAGAUUUAAAAGAUCACCUAAGUCUGCACUGUAAAUUUCGAGAAGAAAUAUGCCAGUACUGUAAUCAAUAUGUGGUUUCAAUUAAUUUAAAGAACCAUGAGAAAAAUGAGUGUCCUGAUUUUCCUGUGCCUUGUCUCCACAACUGUUCUCAGAUAAUUCUGAAAAAGGAGAUGGAUAAGCACUUCUCUGUGUGUCCUGAGGCAGAAGUAGAUUGUCCCUAUAAACAAUAUGGCUGUCCUAUACAGAUUAAAAGAGGAAAGCUUGCAGACCAUGAGAAUGCUGCUCUGAGGGAACACAUGCUACAAAUUUUAGACAAGAAUUCCAAAUUGGAAGAACAGAUAUCUGACCUAUAUAAGAGUUUGGAAUUUAAAGAGAUUAAAAUCCAACAGCUAGCAGACACAGUUAAAAAGUGUGAAAAGGAUUUCAGACAGUUUACACAGCUGCUUGGUAAAAACAGCAAUUUGAUGGUAAACACCCAGACUCUUGCCAGUCAUAUUGAUAAAUCUGCAUGGCUGGAAACACAAGUGAGGCAGCUAAUACAAAUGUCAAACCAGCAGCAAAGUAAAUUUGACCUGAGGCCACUGCUGGAGACAAUUGAAAAUAUAAAGCAGAAGAUUGCCUUUAUGGAGACAUAUGACCAGCGUUUAGUUGUUUUGGAAGGCCAGACCACUGAACAUGAUGUCCACAUCAGUAUUCACAAAGCACAUCUCAAUAAAAACGAAGAGCGGUUUAAGCUUUUGGAAGGCACAUGUUACAAUGGAAAACUAAUCUGGAAAAUCAUGGACUACAAGAUGAAGAAAAAAGAAGCCAUGGAAGGCCGCACUGUCUCUAUAUUCAGCCAGCCUUUUUAUACCAGCCGCUGUGGGUACAGGUUAUGUGCAAGAGCAUAUCUGAAUGGGGAUGGCUCAGGAAAAGGGACGCAUGUCUCCCUAUACUUCGUAGUGAUGAGAGGGGAGUUUGACUCGUUGCUACCAUGGCCUUUCAAGCAAAAAGUUACACUUAUGCUUCUAGACCAAAGUGGGAAAAAAAAUCACAUUGUGGAAGUCUUCAGAGCCGACCCUAACAGCAGCAGUUUCAAAAGGCCAGAUGGAGAGAUGAAUAUUGCCUCUGGAUGCCCAAGGUUUGUGGCGCACACUGUGCUGGAGAAUGUAAAGAACACUUAUGUCAAAGAUGACACUUUGUUCAUGAAAGUUGUUGUGGAUUUAACUGACCUAGAGGAAUUAUGAAGUACCUGGAAGACAUUACUGUUUUAACUAUAAAGAAAUGCCUUCUCUCGGUGACUAUUGGCCAAUUUCAUACAACAGUGAAUUGCCACUAGUCCAACUAUAUUUUUGACUGCAUAAUAGCUACUGAGUUGCCAAAGCACCAACCUUUCUUUCUUUUUUACUUUUUCGAUACUGUAUUUAGGGGAUCCGUAAGUCCAAUUUGAUGGUGUGAACCAGAUCAAUGUAUUCAAACCAGUAUUUUGACUCUGUUCAAUAUAUUUUGGGAGUGAAUGCUUGGCUCACAUCUCAAGACUGGCAUUUUAAGAUGAAACUACAGUAGGCCCUUUGGAACCCAGGCAAAUUUGUGGUUCCAGUGACUUAUAAACAUCAAUAGGGCUCCCAUCAUAGAGGUGUCUAGGUGCAUUUCUCGUGGUUUUGCGAGGGAAUCAUUUCAACACUGCCUGAAUAUGAAGAGAUGAAUCCUGAUCCCAGCAGCACCCUGACUUUUAAAAACCGAGGGAGAAAAGCUGAGCCAGGUAGGAAAAACCUAGCCAGGAAUUUCAGAGCUCCUAGUUAUUGGAAAGUCUGGAUGAAGAUGUCUUAUAGUUCUGGCCUGCUUACUCAGCUGUGCUGAGCACCCACAAGUCCCAGUGAUGUCAUUAGUGUCCCCUAUGUUCCUGCUCAGUGCUUUGGGCCAGAUCCUGACGUCAUAGAAUCAUAGAAUAUCAGGGUUGGAAGGGACCUCAGGAGGUCAUCUAGUCCAACCCCCUGCUCAAAGCAGGACCAAUCCCCAGACAGAUUUUUGCCCUAGAUUUUGAAAUGGCCCCCCUAAGGAUUGAACUCACAACCCUGGGUUUAGCAAGCUAAUGCUCAAACCAGUGAGCUAUCCCACUCCCCUCAUUUGUGAUGAGCAUCCCCAGUCCCCAUUAGAAGUCAAUGGAAGCUGCUGGUGUUUAUCGCCUCCCAAGAUUUGGUCGUUAUUGGGGUUCUCAGCUCAUCUACUAACCUACAAGAGUAGCAGACCAGUUGAGUCUACUGCUGGAAGGCAGGGGCAAAAGCUCUGAAACUUUUGCUCCUCUGCUGCCUGUGGAGGAUAUUUUUUUUUUUUUUUUUUUUUUUUGGUGGCUUAUCAGCCCUGCAGUGGCUCAGAACUUUGGAAAACUGCACUUGAAGAGUUCCUGCUAACAUGCAGUAUUCCCCAAAGACGGAGAAAAGAGGAUGUGUGUGGGGAACCUUUGCUUUAAAUUAGGGCUGUUGACUAAUCGCAGUUAACUCAUGCGAUUAACUCAAAAACAUUAAUCACAAUUUUAAUCGCACUGUUAAACAAUAGAAC